ACAGCCGGCCUCACUAACCUUGACUCUAAGCGGCCCAGAAAGAGCGUGGCCUGAAACUCCAGCAGGAGUAGAGAAAGCCUCCUCUGUUAAUGGAAAGAGGAAAGGAGAGAAAGCUCUCCAAGUUGCAACAAGCUUUUCACCACUCCAAAGAGCCUACCUUCCUUAUUCAUCAAGCCAUCCUACCUAGCGACUCCCACCGGACCCUUGUGCCAGAAACCGAGUGUGGCAAUCUCGCUGAAAAGAUAAAGACAAACACUCGGAAAAGUAGACCUGGAACGGUGAUACUAUCAAAACGGUCUGGUAGGAUUAUGUCCGAAAGCCAGCCUAGCCCUCCCGUGAUUCCAUCCCGCAGGCCAAGAUUCCGGAUAUGCUACAUCUGUGGCAGAGAAUUCGGGUCCCAGUCACUUGCUAUUCAUGAGCCCCAGUGCCUGGAGAAGUGGCGUGUUGAGAACAGCAAGCUGCCCAAGCACCUGAGGAGGCCAGAGCCCUCCAAACCACAGCCUCUCGGUGGCAGUGGUGCCUACAGCCUUCAGACAGCUAAUGAGGAUGCGUUUCAGAGUUCGCAGGCUCAGCUGCUGCCCUGUGAACCCUGCGGCCGCAAGUUCUUGCCAGACCGUCUCCUUGCUCACCAGAGAAGCUGUAAACCAAAGAGUGAGGGUUCUGGAAUGCCAAACGCCGACAAUCCCGAUGCUCUUACUAGUCUCAAGAAAGCUUCGAGUGGCAUCCCAGCCCGGCCAAGGACUCUCAUUUGCUAUAUUUGUGGCAGGGAGUUUGGCACCCUGUCCCUUCCCAUCCAUGAGCUCAAAUGCUUGGAGAAGUGGAAAAUAGAGAACGAACGGCUCCCUAGAGAUCAACGCCAGCCGCUUCCCCAGAAGCUUCAACCGGUUCCAACUGGUCAGCUCAGUCAAGAAGAGGCUCCUCAACCUCGACUUCUGUCUUGCCCAAAUUGUAGCCAGACCUUUGCCUCAGAUCGCCUAUCAAUACACCUGAGAAGUUGUAAACCUCAACCUAGUGGACCGGAAGUUCUGAAUUCGAAUCUAGGAAGGAAAGGUGACUCCAGUGUGCUAACUAACUCCAAGCAGUGAGGAAAUAUGGCAACACCCAGAGUAGCAGACAAGGUAGCUCAUGCCAUGUAGAGUGAAGUAGUGGACUGGGAGCACAUUUCACCUUCAAGGAAAUAAGAGAACUGCUCCCUGAGCCAGCCACCUCAGCCCAGAGGAUAGGUUCUGUCAAAGCCUUACUUCUGUCUCAAGGCUGUCUCUGCAGGUUGACCGGCUUUUGGACUCCAGGCGUUGUGUGUGUCUCCCUUGGCAACACCCUUGCCUGAUGGGUUCAUGUUCCUCUUUAACCUUACGGCCUAAAAGACAUGGACUUCUUUUUUCUCUGAUCCCUCAUACCAGUAAUCCCUGGGAGAGACUGUUAUUUAAAAAUGAGUCACUAAUACAGUGUCUACAUUAGAGAGAUACAGUUCCCAUUCCAACAGUCAAUGUUUAUUGCUGGUUUAUUUUAGUCAUUUACCUUAGGAAUUCGUUUUUGGCAAUGUUGGGUUAUGCUGAGUUUAUCUUACUAAAAUAGAAUCUGUGUCAAA